AUGGCUCGCACAGCCGAUCGUAUUCUGAACAAUUUGUCAAAGGAGUGGGAUGAACUAAAAGCUUGGCCAGCCUCUGUUAUGCGCACCGAUCGCAGUGAGCUAUGGAGUAGGGACGUCUCUUCUACGAUUGAAACCGCGAGCACGGUCUCCCCGGCUACUGUCCAACUAUACAGUACAGGCUCUGCACCCGAUGUGGAACAGUAUUGA